AUGGCUGUCGUCGACGCUAAUUUACAAUUUAUAACAAUCGAUGUCGGAGCAUACGGCAAGGAAGGUGAUUCAAACGUGUUUAAAAAUAGCAACUUCGGAAAAUUGUUGUAUUCGGAUAAACUUGAUCUUCCAGAACCAGCUUUAUUACCAGAGACAGAAAGCAACCCUCAACCUUAUGUUUUUAUUGGUGAUGAAGCGUUUGCGCUCCAUACACACUUGUUAAGGCCUUAUCCUGGACGAAAUCUCACAGAUAUUCGUAGAGUGUUCUAUUAUAGGUUAUCCAGGGCACGUCGUAUGGUAGAGUAUGCAUUUGGUGUAUUGGCUAACAAAUGGCGAGUAUUGCACACUCCGAUUCAAGUAGAACCCGAUUUUACGGAUGAUAAAGGCAUGUUGUGUCUUACACAAUUUCGUACGUAA